ACCCCCCUCUACCCCCGGGCUCCCCCUGAAUCCGCAAUGCUACAGGGAGCUCAGCAAGCCUCGGUGCCGUCGACCGCAGGCCCGCGCCCCAACACCGCCAACAGCGCUACCAUCCCGCACUCUGAUCAGUCACCUCGCGACGGCGCCGUGCGUGAGGGGUGCCGCGGCGGCACGGGUGCGGAGGAGUCGCUUGUGCGCGCCUCGGUCGUCGCCCCGCGCGUCAGCUGCGGGAUCUGCGGCGGACUCCUCCACGACGCCACCGCCUUCACCGAGUGCCUCCACGCCUUUUGCAGGAAAUGCAUAUAUGACAAGGUUGCGAAAGACAACAUAGAGUGCUGCCCAAAGUGUGGCAUUUUUCUGGGAAAUCCAUUGGAGAAGCUCAGACCUGAUCAUAGCCUGCAACACAUCAGGUCACUGAUAUUUCCCGCUAAGAGGCGCAAGGUUUUCACCAUGAAGAAGAGGAAGGAAAGGGUGUCCUCUGAAUCAACCCUUUCUUCAGUGGUGGGUAUCACUGCAGAAGGAAGCGCUGCACUAACACCUGCUACUUCAGAAAGUAAGGCACAAAAGGAUCGUCCUCUUGUCGAAAGAGAUGCUCUAUCAGGAACUAAGGGUCGAGACUUUGACUCAGCAUGUGGUCUUACUGAGGAGACUGGAGCCUUGGUUGUGUGGCAAGCAUCACCUAUACUAGAGGAGAUGGUUGCCCACAAUCAGUUAGACUCCAAGCAGGGCCCAGAGAGUUUCAGGCUUCCGGCAACAUCUGAUAUUGAGAACCAGCGACAAGGACCAACUGCACAAAUGACCAAUAUUUCGUUUAUGGUUGAGAGCUCAUCCAGUGCAAGGCCAACUGUCCAGGAUGAUGAAAACUUGAGGGGAGAUUUUCUCACAUUGAUCAAUGAGAAUAAUGCAAGAAUCAUGGGAAGGUAUGAUGCACACAUAAGCAAAUUGAAGGCAGAGAACACAAAAUCAAUAGAGGAAUUGGAAAAUGAAAGAGAGAGGACAAGAGUUCUUGAAGAGAGGCUCCAACAAGAAUUGGAAAAUGAAAGAACAGCAGCUGCUGAGAGAACUAGACUUCUUGAAAAGCUCCAAAGAGAACUGGAACAUGAACGAGAAGCUGCUAUUGAGAGAACAAGAAUUCUUGAAGAGAGGCUCCAACGAGAAUUGGGAAAUGAAAGGGCAGCAGCUGCUGAGAGGACUGGACUUCUUGAAAAGAAGCUCCAAAGAGUGGAACAUGAACGGGAAGCUGCUAUGGAGAGAACAAGAGUUCUUGACAAGAGACUCCAAAGAGAAUCUGAAAUAGCCCAGACUACUGCAAGCCGGAAUGAAGCCUUAGAAAAGAAGAUUUUCAAACUUCAGGAGGAACUGGAACAUGGAAGAGCAGACAACCAGGCUCUGAUGUCAGAUAUUUUGGAGAAAAGUGAGGAGCUAGCUACACUCAAAUAUUAUUCCAAUAUGCUUGAGUCAGAGAAGACACAUCUAGAAAAUCAAGUUGACCAUCUUGACAAGGAAUUGAAGUAUACUAGGAAAGAGCACAGAAGAUAUGUCAGUAAGGUCUUGGAUGCAGCAAAAGCCAUUCCUAACGACUUAGAGCCGAUCAACUCUGCUGCUCUGCCUGGAUCGAGGUGCACGUCAGGGAUCUGUUAGCCAUAGGCUGGUCAUGGCUAACGACCAGCCCCCACAGGCAGCUGAUCCUUAGAGUUUGGACCUAAUCUUUUUUCUGAUAGCCCUUUUGGACUUCUUUGACUGAAACAGUGGGUGAUGUUGGGCGACUUCCCAACUCAGUGGUCCGGCGGUGAUAAUUGGUGUUUGCAUCAGACCUUGGUUUUAUUUUUGUCUAGCUUCAGGUGAUGGUUUAGACUGUUUCUUCCCCAGGUUGCCUGUUAGUAGCUUUGUAUAGUGUCGUUUCCUUCUGUUCAGUUGUAGCUUGCUUCUUAGAAGGUUUUUGGUUGGUUCGUUCUGUUCUGUAGUAAGUUAUUCUGAUGACUGCGCUGAACGUAUCAGGAUAAUGUAAAUGCCAUUAUGCUUGAAACUGAUGCAAUGCAAAGCAAGGUCCGAUGUGGAUUCAGAAUCUGUAUA